AUGGGCGAGUCGCAAACGCGACGACGCGCUCAACUCGCGGAAGGCUCCCAUGCGGUCCGGAUAAAUAUUGUUCCUAUCUUAUCGGGAACAGAGUUGAUGCCGGGCAAAUUUAACCAAAAGUGGAAAGUAGCAACCUUGAGGAAGUUCCAUCUCCAUUUCAUCCUCUUUCAAAUGGCGUCAAGGUUUUGCCGGACAGGCUUAUUGCCCAGGUCAUUCGCGUCUCUCAGUCUUCAGAAUGGAACUUCCGUCCGAUUCGCAUCCUUGAAUUCUGCCAUUGGACGUGGCAUCCGCAGAUCGCAGCCUCCACGGAAUUCUUGGGCCAGAGACAGAGAAUUGGACAGCAACGACACUUAUCGCCGGCCACGAAAUGAUGGGCCACGGAAUGAUGGGUCGCGAGGAGGUAGAACUGGGCAUGAUCGUGACCGUGAUCGUGAUAUAUCCCCCAGGUUCCAGAAUGAGAGAAAACCACGCGACACAAAGAAAAAUGAGAAGACCGAUAAUACCUCCAGCUUCCGAUAUAACAGAAAAUCGCACUACAACGACUUCGACCAAGCUAAAUUCAUCCGUACCGGCAGCUUCGAGCGCUCAACCCAAGAAAAUCGACCCCGUGGACAGAGAGAUACAAGAGAAGGUCGCCCUUGGGCUGACCGAGGAAUACCUCAACAGCCUGAGAGGCCCAAGGCGGGAACCAAGUCUCGCGCCCACCGAGUUACGGAGGGUAUGCCACAGCGUGUCAAGGAGAAUGUUAAAGUUCCUGAAUCGAUCCCUUACACUACACCGGCAUCGGAAUUCAUCUACGGGACGGGCGCUGUCGAGGCGGCGCUUCGCUGUAGCCGACGUCAGCUAUACAAGCUCUACAUUUACCAAGCUGCUGGUGAGGAUCUGAGUCCGACCAAGAUGGCUCUCCGCAAACUUGCUCUCUCCAAAAAUAUCGAAGCUAAGCUUGCAUUUGCGGGCUGGGAUCGCCUUCUUGACAAAAUGAGUGCUGGUCGGCCUCAUAACGGCUGUGUGCUUGAGGCAUCGCCGUUGCCAAAGCUUCCGGUACGCGGCUUCCACCCAGUCACCUCGGCGACUGAGGAUCAUUUCCGAGUCGAGCUGGCUCCCCAAUCACGGGAGGAAGCUGCAGUCAAUGGCACGGGUGAUCGUAUUCCCAUCAUCCAGGCGCCUUCGGUGCCCGGUCGACCGAGUGAGAGAUAUCCCGUCGCUCUGCUUCUAGAUGGGGUUGUUGACCCGGGCAACAUGGGUGCCAUCAUCCGAUCGGCUUAUUUCUUGGGUAUUGAUGCGAUAGUCUUCGCUGGUCGAAACUGCGCCCCGUUGUCCCCAGUGACCAUCAAGGCAUCAGCUGGCGCUGCCGAAAACAUGACCCUUCUUCAUGUCAAAAAUGAGGUUGAUUUCAUCCAACGGUCCAAAGAAAACGGAUGGCGCUUUUAUGCAGCUGAUGCGCCCGGUCCCGGUGCUGAGUAUCUCAGUCGUCAUUCAGGCGCAGGUCAAACAGAAGCUGGUGCUCUUCCUACCGCCCAAGCACCAAGUGUUCUUAUGAUGGGUAGUGAAGGAUCAGGGUUGAGUUCGCAUAUCAAAUCCCAUGCGGAUGCGAUCGUCAGCAUUCCCGGCGCUCGCCACAGUAUCGAAUUGGGCGCACAAUCCGACCCCGCCCGAAUUGACAGUCUGAAUGUCAGUGUGGCUGCAGCUCUACUAAUGGAGAUGUUCUUGCGAACCCCAUUGGCAGUAUCCGAAUUGGCCAAGAAGAGAACAGACAAGUCUUAA